AAGAUGUAAACACCAGCCUGUGCUCCAUUGCGCAUUUUAAAUCUGGGAAGCUGACCCUGGAGAGACCAACCAGACUGACAGCUUUCUCUGCUGUCCUGGAGAAUCCCAGCUUCUCACUGCUUGGGGUGCUUUGGAGGAGGUUACGUUCAACCUUAAAUUCACUCCCUAUGCACUCCAUGGUGCUGAUCUUCCAGCAGCUCAGUGCUGCAGAUACAACUCUUCACCUCUACCUGAUCCCAGAUGACAACUCUGUGAAGCAGGCACACUUGCCAUUUUGCUACAAGAGUCCAAAGGAACAGCAGCUCUUUGUCGAGAUCUACAUUGGGAACAUGGCAGAGGAAAUUGGGCUCCUUAUGACAGACACACGCAAUGACACUGUGGUCUGGAGGGCACUACUGAGAUCAGGUGCAACCUUCAUGAAGAAGCACAAGACCAAGCUUUGCUCCAGGAUGAGGCAGCUCUCCGCCGUUCUGCUACACUUACGGGAUGCAAACGUCAUCAACAGUGAUGAAGAAGAGGAGGUACAAGGUCAAGAUACCUGUCAAAGGAGGAGCCGAGUUUUGCUGGAGCUAGCUGAGAAGAAAGGGCUGGAGGCUCAGGAGCAGCUCUACAAGAUCCUCAAGAUGAAAGACCCGUACCUCAUCGCAGACCUGGAGAAGUCCAGCUAG